CCAGGGAGGGUAGUGCUGGUGAGACAAUGAAAUAUGUUUGCAUCACAGAAAGAUGGAUGGGAUUGGUGGAAAACUGAACCCAAAUACUCUGCUACAGUUCCCAUUGGAAACUGGCUGGAGAAGAGGACAGGACUGGGAAAGAAAAAGGGGAAGAUCAUGAAGCAGCAGCUGAUACAGGAGAGUCUUUAUCUGCUCACAACCCAAACACUGAGGAGAGCCACCAUGGAGAAAUUUGAGGGCCUGGCACUGCAGCAUUUCUUCACCCAUCACAAGGAACAAAGAAUCCAAAAUUUAGUAUUGGAGUAUGACAAUAACUGCAAUAAACACAGUUAACCUGUGCUGCCUCCCCUCCAGAGCUGGAGCGGAUGCAAGUUGGCCUGGAUUCCUCAGAAAUCAGAUUUCCCCAUUCUCAAACCACCCACCAGCUCUGGGCUUCUCGAGCACCUGAAGAAACUGCACAAGAAAGAAGCUGAAUCCAGACCAGGAUGUUGUCCAAUUCCUGUGAAAGCCCCAAAACUUCUGCUUUUGCCUCUUGUCAGCUGA